AUGUUUCGAAAUGUGCUGUUUUUUACUGCUGAUUCCUCUCUGAGAAAGAAGCCAUUCUCUUUUCUGCGGCCCGAUUCCCCUUCGCCGACGCCCGAUUCCCCUUUCCCGUCGCCUGGUGCCCCUUCCCGCCGCCCGGUUUCCCUUUCCCGCCGCCACGAAACCUCAGUCACGCUGCACGAUUCCCCUUCUCGCCCCCCGAUUCUUCUUUCCCACCGGCCGAUUCCCUUUCCCGUCGCCCUACUCCCUUUCCCGUCGCCCGAUUCACGUACCCGCCGCCUGGUUCCCCUUCCGCGUCGCCUGAAUCCCCUUUCCCGCCCAUUGGGCGGGCCGGCCGACCGCCCCUUUUCGCCGUCCGAUUCCCCUUUCGCGCCGCCGGAUUCCCGUUCCCUCCGCCCGCUUCCCCUUUCCCGCCGCCCGAUGCGCCUUCCCGCCGCCCGAUGCGCCUUCCCGCCGCCCGAUUCCCAUUUCCCGCCGCCCGAUUCCCAUUUCCCGCCGCCCGAUUCCCAUUUCCCGCCGCCAGACUUCCCUUCCCGCCUCCCUAUUCCCCUUUCCGUCGCCCGACGUUCCCUCCCUACGUUCCAUCCCUUCCCUCCCUUCUCUCCCUUCCCUCCCUUCUCUCCCUCCCACCCUUCACUCCCUUCCCUCCCUUCCCUCCCUUCCCUCCCUUCACUCCCUUCCCUCCCUUCCCUCCUAUCUCUCCCUUCCCGCCCUUCUCUCCCCCCUUACCUUCUCUCCCUUUUCGAACCUUCCCUCUCAUCCCUCCUUGCAAUCUCCUGUCCCUCCCUUCUCUCCCGUCCCUCCCUUCUCUCCCGUCCCUCCUUUCUCUCCCGUCCCUCCCUUCUCUCCCGUCCCUCCCUUCUCUCCCGUCCCUCCCUUCCCUCCCUUCCCAGCCUUCUCUUUAUUUUCUCCCUUCUCUCCCUACCCGCCCUUCUCUUCCCCCCUACCACCCUUUUCUCCCUUCCAUCCUUUCCAUCCCUACCACCCUUUUCUCCCUUCCAUCCUUUCCAUCCCUACCACCCUUUUCUCCCUUCCAUCCUUUCCAUCCCUACCACCCUUUUCUCCCUUCCAUCCUUUCCAUCCCUACCACCCUUUUCUCCCUUCCAUCCUUUCCAUCCCUACCACCCUUUUCUCCCUUCCAUCCUUUCCAUCCCUACCACCCUUCUCUCCCUUCUCUCCCUUCUCUCCCGCUCCUCUCUUCCCUCCCUUCCCUUUCUGCUCCUCUCUUCCCGCCCUUCCCUCUCUGCUCCUCUCUUCCCUCCAUUCCUGCUUCCUGUAACCAACCCCCCCUACCCCCACUCUCCCUUCCUCUCCCGUCCACUUCCCUUCCCCCAUCCCUCAAAUUCCUUUGCCUUUCUCUUACCUGCCACUACUCUUCCUUCCCUUCCUUUCCUUCCGUCCCCUUCCUACCCUCCCCUUCAUUCCCUCCCUAAUCCCUCCCUCCACUUCCUCCCCUCCGCUCCCUCCCCAUCCCUGCCCUUCCAUCCCUGCUCUUUCCUUCUCUGCCCUGCCCUUCUGCGCCACUAUUCGCCUUGUGCCUCCUAG